AGUAUAUUGUACAUUCCUUACAGCCAGUUAAUGGACAACCACUUAUCUACUGUUUAAUAGUAAAACGUUGUACAUGAUUUCCUACUGAAAGUAUUACGUUAGACGUAACGUCUAAUUAAUCGUUAGGUUAUACGCGUGUCAAUAGGAAAUUUGGCAACGGUCUCGUGCUAAAACGGAUGCCAGGAUCACGCAGUUUCCAUUCCUGCAUCCCGUUUACACCUUUACCAUUAGAGGGGGAAGGUGGAUGUUUUCGAAGGUGGUAAAUCGGUGGACGUUCACAUGUCCUUAGGCUGGUGGAAGGUGGUUUAGUGGCGGUCGAAGCACCGAGCCGGCCGGUCGUCCACGCCGUUUAAUACACUUCUGUUGUGCAAGAUAUCGAAAUGUUGACUAUCGCUUCGGUCCUGUUUAUUCUGCACUUUGCUGGUGCUGAAAUACCGCCUUAUAUAAAAAUAUGCCAUCGAGAUGACCCCAAUGUGGACAAGUGUAUUAUGAAUUCUAUAGAGGAAUUACGACCCAAACUCAAAAAGGGUAUUCCAGAGCUGGAUGUGCCUGGGAUUGAACCUUUGAGCCUGGGUCAGAUCGCACUCGCCAGGGGACCGCAAGGUGCCAAGUUGACGGCGGUUGUCAACGAUGUCAAGGUCCGGGGUCCUAGCAACUUUAAGAUAACAGAAUUGAAAUCUGAUUUAAACAGAAACAGAUUUGAUUUCAAGCUGCUGCUACCGAAAUUAGAAUUCGCGGGAAAAUAUAAAAUGGACAUUCAAGUACUGCUCCUGCGUCUCCAAGGAAGAGGGAACAUUACAGGGUCUUUUAAGGACUACGCCUGCAACGUAACAAUGAGAGGCCACAAAGAGAUAAGAGAUGGAAAGGAGUACCUAAAAUUUGAACCUAUGAAAGUGAAACUACGGGUUGGUGAUUCAUCAAUCUACCUGACAAAUCUCUUCGACGGAGAUCCAGUAUUGGGACCAGCUACCAACAGGGUUAUCAAUGAAAACUCCCAAGUCUUCCUCUCAGAAAUCAGCCCAGUCAUGGAAAAAAGUCUAGCGGACAUCUUUACAGAGAUAUCGAACAAAAUAACAUCGAAGUUUACGUAUCAAGAAUUAUUCCCAUAAUUGUUAAUUAGUUGUAAGUUUGUGAUAUGAUGAGUAUAAUUUCGUUUUUAGUAAGUUUCUCCGGUCGUUUUGGACAUCUGUCGGUCUUAUUAGCAACUUAAGACCGAAUUGGCAGGAGGAUUUUUUUAAGAUUACAUCAGAGAUUUAUGUAUAAUUUAUAUGAUAUAGGAUUAUUGUUAUGUUUACAAUUUAUAAACUCUAAAAAGUAUGUUUUCUGGGUUAAAACUUCUAUGAUUGGAAAAACUAAUCUGGUAUUCAGUGAGUACAUAUUCAUACUUGUUUAUACAGUUAUUUUUAAACUUAUAUAUAGGCCUUCGUUGUCUGAAUAGUAACACUGCUAAUUAAUAUACUUUUUAAAAGUACAUGAUAAGUAAAUUUUAUCGUGACAAUAAAUUUGGUUUGUAUAAUAUACGGAAAUUGGUAAAGUGAUAUUUGUUUAUUACUUGUACUCAAAUACAUCCAUUUUAUUAUCAAACUUAAAAUAACUUAAUGAUAAUUUGCCAAAAACGUGAUUUUGUAAAUAUUGCUAAUAUAAGGGAUGUAGUGUACGGUGUACGGUGAUUUGUACUGAUUUAAUUAUAAUUAUUUUAAAAU